AAUGCAGCACCACGCGGACAAAGUGUUAUGGUAGCAGUUGGUGUGUAUAAACGUGUAGUGAGUGUCACUAGUCAGCAGAAAGAUACCAAAACAACUUGCACGUUUUGGUUAGGUGUAAAUACAACUCAACUCCAAAUCGUCGUGCGUAUUCAGCCAGCACACUUCUUUUUUUAUGUCAAAUGUCAAAUAAACAAAGACGCAAUGAUUGUUAUUCAGUUUUAUUUUAAUUGAUAGAAUAUAGUCGUGUGAAAAUAGAGUAUGCAAUAAUUUCGUGAGAAAAAUGACAUCAGUAGAGAAAGAGGAUGAAACUAUUGCGAUUAUGUCAACUCCCGAAAAAUCAAAUGUUACGCUCGAAGAUCCUAGUAGUAGUACGUCGAAGGACGAAAACGUUAACGAAGACAAAGAAGAAAACUUAACGUCACCUGGACCAACAAAAUCGUCCGUAUCAUCAGAUAUUCCAAUCAACGGUUGUGUUGUUAGUUCAGAUUCUAAAAAUGCUAAUGUUAAAAUUGUUAGAGGUUCUAAAAGAAAAGCUAACAGUGAUUCAACUGAUAAAAGAGAUGGUAAAGAUGAUCCAGAAGCUGAAGCUAAAAGGUCUCUCAAAAGAACUUGUGAGCUUUGGUCAAUGGAAGAUAAGGAGACGUUUUUCAAGGCUAUAAAUGAAUAUGGCAAGGACUUUGAUGCACUGCAGACAUAUUUUCUUAUACAAGGAAAGAAAAAAGGAAUGCCUGAAAAAAUGAUUAAGAACAAAGAACAAAUAAGACAUUUUUACUAUCGUACAUGGUUAAAAAUAUCAAAACAUCUCAAAUUUUCAGAGGAAGUAAAAAAAACAUCACAGGAGUUAUAUGGUUUGAUUAAUUAUGGUGAAUUAAGAAGGAAAUUGCCUAGGAUGCAUGAGAAAGUGCAAAUGAAAUUAAAUGAACUUGUAUACUAUGGAUACACACAAGUACGUCUGCGAGGAAAAACCAUGAGAAUCAAAACACCUAUUUGCAGAGCUUUAAGAAAACUCAACCGGUUAGAAGGUUGGGCUGAAGAUCUAAAGCUUCCGUCUAGAGUUACAGUUGAACUACGCCCUGGUAAUAAUUUGACAUGGUGGAAUGUUCAAACACUUGCUAUGAAUCCCAGAGUUAGAACAUUAGUUCCAAUACAAAGAAGACUUUCUAGUAUAUUAUUAUAUUUACAACAUAGGUGGAGACCAUGGAAACCAAAAAAUAAUGCUGAUAUGGAUAAUUUAAUUAACAAUGAUGCAAAAAGUACAAAAAUUUUACGAGUUGCUCCUCCAACAGGCUGUAAAAUAACUCUACCAGCUGUUAAUUUGGGAGAGUAUUUAACUAGUAACAGUGUUAGCUUAAAUUCCUAUGAAAAUCGACUUGGAUUGAAAAGUUCAAGAGUAGAGUUAUUAGGUUCCUCUCAAAAUAUGAAAAGUAUGGGAAAAAAAGGUCUUAAAAAAUUUAAAGGAGACCUUAAAAGAUUAAAUUCUAAAAGUGAUGAUGUGCCUGAUAGCAGUGAUAUAGAUCAAGCAGAAUCUAGUAUAGUAUCCUCAACGGAAAAAUUAAAUUCUUCCAAAAGUAUUCCAAAGCCAUUAGAUGAACAGCACACUGAACCUGGAGGUUUUCCUGGUAGAGAAACUAUUGAAAGAAUCCGCUUAGGUUGGAACGUAGAUGAGAUUAACACAAUUACUGUUGGAGAUUUGUUUUUGAUGUUUGGGCGAGAUUCUAAAGUAGUUUUAGAAUAUUGGUGGGAAACACCACAAAACGACACAUUAGGUGAAAAAUCAAAUGUAGUUGGUAAUCCUCAAAAGAGCAAAGAUAGUUUAACUGCAUCUUUGCAAAAAUUAUUAUCAAUAGCCAAACACAGUUUCUGUUCAAGCAAGGGUUACGAUAAUGUAUCAGGCAGCAAUGAAACGGUGAUCUCAUCUAGAAUACCUUCAACUAAAGAAUCAACGUUUGUAAGACCGGUUAUACCUUUGGCAUAUCAUAAAAUGGGUGGUCCAGAAGCAUUUAAAACACAGUUGGAUAAAUACCGUACGAAAUUUGGUCGAAGAGGUCGUAUUAUUCGGCAAAGAAAUCUAGUCGUUCAACGAGUACUGCCGGUAACUCCGAAGACAGCAUUGCAAACCACAACAAUCGAGCCGCAGCAGCAGCAACAACAACCUAUCUCAUAUGGGGAGGUGCAUAACAUUUCGGUCGGAACCUCAACGAAAACUGUCACUCUAACUAUACUUCCAUCGAAUGAUAUCUCGCCUAUUCAUACGAUCAGCAAUGAGCAAGUGCAAAACAACAACUUGGAAAACACACAAAAACAUUUCCUAGGUGUGCUUGAUAACGGAACUGUCGAGCCGCCAAAAGUCGCCAAUUCGAAUUCUAGUAUUACCAGCGCUAUGCAGAUUUUAAAAGAGGGAGAACAGCAGUGGCUUAACAGCGAGGUGGCAGAUUUUUCUCUCAGCAGUUUUUUGGGACAAUUGGAGUCUCCGAUAAAAGCAAGUUCGCAAAGAAGUCAAACAGAAAUUCCUAUGAUCGAAAUUAUCAGGCCUCCAUCAGAAGCAGCGAACAUGCACUGCAUAAUGAACGAAAACAGUGUGGACUAUACCGCAAAAUUUACCAAUUUUGCAUCGCAAAAUUUUUCUUCGGCGAGUGUUCAUAAAAAGUAAAAUUGAAAUACUUGAUUUCAAUUGCCAGAGAACUGUAAAUACCAUUUGUAAUAUAAUGAAUUUACCAUGUGAUAAAAUAACGUUCUACGUUAGAAAUAUAUGCUUAUUUAGCAAAGUGAGAUUUAUAAAGCAAGAAUGUUAAUAUUUUCAUAUAACUUCAUUUUUAUUUCAAGUCAUCAUCCACUAGUUUGUAGGAUAGGGGAAAAAGAUGAAUAAUCGUACGAGGGAAAAGCAUUGAAAAAAUAUAAAAACCUUGGAGUACGUCAUGAGCAGAUG